UCUGACCGGAGGACGCGCGUGUGACGGACGCAUCGGCGCAUUUCCCGCAGAUGGGAUAAAAGCGAACCUGGAAAGCGCAUGGCAGUAGUUAUCCACAGCGCAGCUAUAGAGAAACCCAAACUCCUGCUUAUGUUGUAGAUGCUCAUCGGCUGUUCAUAGAAUCCCUGGGUUUUUCCCUUUCAUGACCGGUGCGCAUUUUGUCUGGUUUGCUUUAGGACAAAAGAAGGAUAUCUGUCUUUACCCACAAGCUUUUUAUUGGACCGGACGCGCUGGGUGAGAUGGAUAUCGAAAAGUACCUGCCACAACUGAUGGCGGAGAAGGAUUCUCUGGAUCCCUCCUUUCAACACUCCUUACGGCUUCUUGAUCAAGAAAUUGAAAAGAUUCAGAAGGAUGAAGACAAAGAAGAAGAGAAGUUCAUUGAUGUGGUCAUUAACAAGAACAUGAAACUGGGACAGAAGAUUUUGAUCCCAGUAAAACAGUUUCCCAAAUUUAAUUUUGUGGGUAAACUCCUGGGUCCUCGAGGGAACUCAUUAAAGAGACUACAGGAAGACACGCUGACCAAGAUGUCCAUCCUCGGCAAAGGAUCCAUGAGAGAUAAAGAAAAGGAGGAAGAACUUCGGAAGAGCGGAGAGGCAAAGUAUCAUCACCUCAAUGAGGAUCUUCACGUGCUAAUCGAGGUCUUCGCCCCACCUGCAGAAGCGUACGCGAGAAUGGGUCACGCGCUGGAAGAGAUCAAGAAAUUUCUAAUUCCAGACUAUAACGAUGAAAUCAGACAGGCUCAGCUACAGGAACUGACGUAUUUAAAUGGAGGCUCGGAAGAAGCAAAGGUUCCAGCUGCGAGAGGAAAAAGCAGCACACGGGCACGAGGAACGCCGACGCCGGGAGCUAUCAGGGGUAGAGGAGGGGUUCCUCCGCCUCAUGCUGCCGUUCCACGUGGGGCGGUGCCCAGAGGAGCUCCUCCCAGCAGGGUUCCAUCCAGCAGAGCUAGGGGCGUGGCCUCAAAGCGAGCGAGAGGAGCUCCACCCCCAGCCGGGUACAGACCUCCCCCUCCGGUGGUACAGGAUACCUAUGGUGAAUAUGAAUAUGACGAUGGAUACGGAAUGGCUUACGAUGACCCGGGAUAUGAUUCCUAUGACAACAGCUACAGUAACCAGGCACAGAGUUCAGAGGAUUAUUAUGAAUACAGUCACGGUAUCAGUGGAGAAUCAUACGACUCGUACGGCCAGGAGGAAUGGACAAACAGUCGUAAGAAGGCACCACCGGCAAGAACGAGCAAAGGAGUUUACAGAGAGCAACCGUAUUCCCGAUUCUGACCUGCUACAGUCCUUCCCGUGCCCCUCCAAGUAAUGGAUUUUCUAUGGACUCUAUUUCCUUUUUCGAAUAAAAGCAACCAAAACAACAAAAAUAUAAAGCAAGUUAAAGAAGUUGAUGGGUAUAGGACAUUUUUGGGAACUGGGUCUGUUGCCGGUAGGCUCUUGUUAGACGGACAAUCCCCACAAACGGAAAAAUUCUGGAUCUGUUCACUAGAUAAUGUAGUACCAGACAACCAAUCAGAAUUCAGAUAAAGCAACAUAUAUCACAGGGGCACUCGUGGUUAGGGGCAGGGUUAUAUGAAGUGUUUGAUGUUUAGAUUUAGCCAGGUUGGUUUUUGUAGAUACUUUAUUUCUUCAGUGUGUCCCUUGUACAUUGUACCUUUAAUGAAAAUGAAUUAGAAAAUAUAAAAAAGGAUCAUGAUGCACAUAUUGUUGUUUUCCUCAUUUCUCUUUUUUAAGUGGGAAGUUCAGCGUUAAAGGGCUUAUAGGAGCAUGUCGUAAAAACAAUGUGCACUUUUAGUUUGGAUGAGAAAAGCCUGCGUGCUUUCGAAACUGAUUUUUAUGUUGAACGUUUUAACCCUUUCGUGAGUUCCGUGGUGAUUCACAUUUUUGACGAAAAUUACAAGUAGGACUGAAGCCUGCGAUUCAAUUUCCCAAAUGUCUGAGCGAUUCAUUUAAGAAAAUCUGAAGCUAAUAAUUUAUCAAGCGGAAGUUGUGACACUUUGCUGUGUAGUUUUCUAAUGUAUUACACAACAUAAUACAAUAUAAUGUUGGCUUUUUUUAGCAGCCUGCUGGUGGGUUAAAAAUUUAAAAUACAGUAUUUAAAAUAAAACCAAAGCUUCUCUUGUAACAGUCUGAGAUGAUUAAAUGAGAAUUAACCAAUUUUUGCAAAUUGUGUACUGUACUGUAUUUCAAACCGUAAUGCAUUUUAAGUGCAUAACAAAGUGUUAACCAGUCACUUCUAAACUAAAUACACAUUGACUAGCAGUGUAAACUAUUUUAAAACUCUAAUCAAUUGUCUCUUGAAUUUUAAAAGAUGAUAGUUAGUUAUUGUGUUAUUGGUGGUGGCAGUUUAAUACACUUCUGUUAAGAGCUAUAAUCUUUGUAAGCUUGUGUAAGCCCUUUAAUUCUCGUCUUGGUUGAUUAUAAAAUAAACAUUUUGAAAGAAAAACAAUGAGAGGAUUUUGUCCUUAUUUAUUUCAUAAUCUAAACUAACAUCUGUGUACAUCAGAAGUGUAGCUCGCAUUAUAAAAAAAAAACUCACAGAAUUAAAAUUCAUAAACUCUACAUAAACGCUUGCCCAAAAAAAAAAAAAAAAAAAUACUACUGGCAAUGCUUUUUAAAACACGACUUUCUUGUAUAUUUUCUAAAUUAGUCUGAUUCAUGUAACUUUAAAGACAAAAAUUGCCACUGUAUAAUAAAUUUAAUUACAGCCUGUAUAAUUAAAUUCACACCCAUUUGUAAUAUAACACUCCAGGAUUAUCUUGAAAUAAAUUUGCAAUUAUAAAGCCUUCUUAUCUUUUAUACUGUAGUUCUUUCUACUUGAAAACACGACAUCAUGAUACCAUAUUCAGUGUUGAAGCAUUAAAAAAAAUCUCCUUAUAAAAGUGAAAUAUCUAUAAUACAUCACUGCUAAUGUUAAAGGAACAGUUUACCCAAAAAAUGAAAAUCCUGUCAUCAUUUAUUUAUCAUCAAGUACCUGUAUACAUUUCUUUGUUCUGCUAAACACAAAUGAUGAAGAUAUUUUGAAGAAUGUUUUUAACCAAGCAGAUCUGGGGCACCAUU